AUGGUUCACGCCGUCGUCAUUGGUGCCGGAGUCAUUGGCCUCAGCGCCGCUAUACGGUUGCAGGAGGAAGGCCAUCAGGUCAUUAUUGUAGCUCGUGAUUUUCCGGCUCCGUUUGAGACUGUCGAUGCACAAUUACAGAUCAACUAUACAUCUCCCUGGGGAGGGGCGCAUAAUCGUUGGGUGCUGCCGGCGAACCCGACGGAAGAGAAAGAACACCAAAUGGCAUUAAUCACAUAUGAGCGAAUGAUGCAGCUGCAAAAGACUCAGCCAGAUGCCGGUAUCACGCCAAUGCCUGGUAUUGAAUAUCUCGAAGCGCCAAGUCCAGUAUACACGAGUCUCACAGAGGCCAAGGCAAGUAGUCUAGGGCUGGCAGGAUUCCGUUUCCUCCGGCCAGAAGAAUUCCCAGACUCGCGAGUCAAGCUUGGAUUUACAUACGACACUUGGUGUGUGAAUCCAAUGGUAUAUUGCAGUUUUCUGCUGCGGAGAUUCUCUAUUCGGGGUGGCAAGGUGCUCAAGCGCGAACUACGAGACCCGGCCGAGUUGUUCUCGUUGAAAGAACUCGGCCGUGUUGAUGUUGUAGUCAACUGCUCGGGCAACGGCUUCCAAGACGAGAAUGUAUUCAUUACACGCGGCCAGACUUGCCUGGUUACGAAUUAUUGUCCCGCCACAGUGACGCGACAGAAUGCCGAUGGCUCUUGGACAUUCUCGGUGCCUCGCAAUUUCGAUGGAGGCACCAUCGUCGGAGGAACGAAAGAGCCCAACAACUGGGACUCGACGCCGUCAUUGGCAGUGAGGAAGUUACUUCUCGACAAGUUUGCCGCGGCAUACCCUCCCAUUCUCGGCAAAGACGGAAAAUUCACAGUCAUCAAGGAUAUCGUGGGAAGGAGGCCUACGCGGAAAGGCGGUAUGCGCUUGGAGCGGGAGAGGAUACAUGAUGGAAAGAGCAUCAUUCAUGCCUAUGGGCUUGGCGGCCGAGGCUAUGAGCUGAGCUGGGGAGUCGCCCAAGGGGUCAUCAACUUGCUCGUGGAAGAUUUGCAAUCGUCAAAGGUUGUAGCAAAACUCUAG